AUGGCCGCAAGCCGGGAAUUCUCGCUCACUUUCGAGACCUCACCGCCAACAGCAGUGCGCCCAGGCGUCCCAUUCACGAUCCCGGUUAUUGUGGCCGUCAGCCCCGUGGGCACGCCCGCGCGCAAUGUGCAGCACCUAGUGGUCAACGCCUCGCUGCGCGACGAGGCCGGCACAGCAGCGGCUACCGGGCUCGGCGGGAACCUGACCGCCAGCGUGCGCAGCCGGACCGACAGCGCCAUGAGCGGCUACGCCAAGUUCAGCCCGCUCACCAUCUCGCGGCCCGGCAAAUAUCGUCUGCGUGUGAUGCUCAGCGCCGCCUCGUACAACGGCGUCGUGACCAAGGAAUAUGCUGAUUCGACGAUCAUUCAUGUGCACGCUGGCGCAGCUGCUGCGCAACGGCCGACUCCCACCCAGGUGGCCAAGCUGCAGCGACUGACGACUGAAAAUUUGGAUAUCUCUGCGGCGGAUAUUGCGGCGUGGCAGCGUGCAUGA